GUAGCAUUUUCGGUCUAGGUUGUAACAUUUGCGAUGCGAGUUCCAUCGUAAUGCGUUUGACGCAGCGUAAUAAGCGUUCGUUGUUGGAAAAAUUUCACCGAAUGGACUAUAGUGGAGAUGGCUGCCUCGAUGUGCACGACAUACGACGUUGCAUUCGCUACUCGGGAUUGCCUGAAAGUACAGCGAUGGAAUUUAUGGCUCUCUUUGAUCUGGACGGAGACGGAAAGGUCACAUUAGAAGAGUAUAUGGCAGCCCUCGGCCUCAACCCCCCUCCUUCAUCCGAUGUCAGAACAUGGAAACUCGCCUUCGACUCGAUCGAUACGGAUCACUCAGGCCACCUGAGUAGAGAUGAGGUACGAAAUUUGAUAUAUAGCCUCGGUUACCAACGUUGCACUGAGGAAGAAAUCGAUCAGUGGAUGGAGGAGAAUGACAAAAACGAGGACGGACUAAUAAGUUUCGCCGAGUUUAUCACCUUUAUGGAACUCUCUACGAAUUCAAAACAAUCGGCGUGAAUAACAAACCAUCCGGGUGACCAGAUUCAUUUGGUUGUCGCAGCGCACUGCGUCCUAUAGAAGCUUUCAGACCAAUUA